UUGGGAAUUUAACCAAAUCUUGUCCGUUCAUUCAUUUAUCCAACGGAUCUUAUUAGUCGGUGAGUGGUUACCCCCCAUCUUCCUCAGUGGUUUUAAAAUCAUAAACCCUAGCCGAUACUCUUCCACUCUUCUCUCUCUUUGCGGCCACAGCUCCUUCGAUCCUCUAUUCUCUCUCCUCAUCCCAAGCAGAUCUCACUAUGCGAUUCGCUUCUUCUUUCGAUUCUGAACCUAUCUUACUGUUUUUCCUCUAUUUUCUUGGAAGUCUUUGAUUUAUAUCUGACUCGAUCCUUGUGUUACUUUUCCGGGGAAGAUUCUGAUAUUCGCUGCCAUGGCGGCUCUUCUCUGUCACUAUAUAUUAAUAACUCUCUGCGCUUAGCCCAUACGGUUUGUUCGGGUCAAAUUUCGGGUCCGAUUUAUUUUGGAACAGUUGGUCUGUGGGUUGAUUUUCCGUUGUUUUCAGUGUAUGUGAGACAAUUAGGCGCUGGGGAAUCCGCCGGGUUCGAUUUUUGUCCUGUGUUCUUCACUGUGAGUCAACUCAGCUUCGACUCGGUGACCCAGAAGCCUAGGUAAGAUCGAGUCUCGAGUUGUGUCUUUUGGAAACCGUACGGCAAUGCCGGCGGUUGGGAUGAGACGAACCACGAGGGUGUUUGGAGUCGUCAAGGGAGCUGACUCUGCCAGGGUCUUGAGGUCCGGGAGGUGCCUUUGGCCGGAAUCCGAUGAGGGGAAGAUCAGGAGGGGUAACGAUGCGGAUGAGUGGCUGAAGCCGGUCAAGACUCCUGGGAAAGGCGACGCGUGGCCUCGUGGAGUUGUUAAAAGAAGGCAAGAAGUCGCACUUAUAGGAAAACAUGCAGACUCUGGUGCGAAGAAGACGAAGUCAGUGAAAGAAGGGAGAUCUUUACGCGACAGAAAUGUCCCCAGUAAAAUGUGUCGUCUUGUAUAUAGUAGAAAAAGGAAGAUACCUGUCGCCGAAAGUUCAGACUUUUCAGCUGACGGAGGGGCCAAGCGAAGUCUGAAAGAUAAUAAGAGGUGGGGCUUGCAUUUUUCUCGUCGGCAACGAAGGAAGCUCAGUGAAGAGAAUCAGAGUGUGCUCUCUGUUGUUGUGAGGCCUUCUUGUGACAACAGUUAUUGGCUUUCGUCUUUCCUGGCUCUGGUGUUGAGGUACAUUCGGCGGGUUGGGUUGACAUUUAAGGAUCUCUCGGCGUUUAUUCUUGUUGAGCCCUUAUGCGGUGCCUACGCAUCCCAUGGUAUACAAUUCCUACAGGGACCGCCUACUACGAAAAUUGGAAUAUGCAAAUUUUUUGGGAUCACAGGAUUUGACCCCUUGUUCAGUGUGGAUUUCUCUGCCGUCCCCCUUUCUUUCACGCACUUGCAUUCUGCAAUGCUUUCGAGAUCUUUUUUUAGGUCAUUUUUACUUGUAAAUAAUUUAAUUAGUGUGCAUAGUGACGAUGAGAUGGAUAGCGAUUGCCAAGAAUUUGAGAGUGAACAGCAGCAUUCAUGCCAUUCUGUCAAGAGAGCACCUGCUGGGAGCGUAGCGAUCACUUCUGAUGGCGUUGAAAUCAAGGACAAUUUGUUGUUACACGCACCUGCUAGGGGUUCCAGGAUAGCUGGCCGAAAUGGACAAUACAGAAAUAUUUCAAAUUCUAGAGGAAUUCAGAGGAGGAGAAGUUCUCUUAGGAAAAGGAAAGCUCGAAAUCCUUCGCUGUUGGGUGUGCACAAAACUCAUGCGGCGUUGGCUUCUGAUUUAGGGGAUGGCAGGAAAAACAACACUCCUUUGACUCGGGUAGCUUCAAGGAGGAAGCUAAGAAGUUUGGUUCACAGCUAUUCCCCUGGAAGCGUUAAAGAGACGAGUUCUUCCAUGGUUGAUUCUAUUGAAGACCUGGAUUCCUCUCUAUGUUCUGCUAAUCUAUUAGUCACGGAGUCAGACAAAUGUUACAGGGUAGAGGGAGUAGUCGUUACUCUUGAAAUGUCAACUUCCAAAGACUGGCUUCUCACUGUAAGGAAAGAUGGUUUGGCAAGAUGCACUUUCAGGGCAGAAAAAGUUAUGAGACCCAGCUCUUCCAAUCGGUUCACCCAUGUGAUAAUGUUUUCAUUGGACAAUGGUUGGAAGCUAGAGUUUGAUAGGCGACAGGACUGGGUUAUUUUUAAAAAUCUUUAUAAAGAGUGCUCUGAUCGCAAUAUUUUAGCUCCUGUUGCCAAAUUCAUUCCAGUACCAGGUGUGCGUGAAGUCUCUGGCUAUGCAGACAGUAAUAGUAUUACCUUUCACAGACCAGAUAACUAUAUUUCAAUGAAUGAUGGUGAUGAGUUAUCUAGAGCUUUGGCCAAGAGGACUGCAAUAUAUGACAUGGACUCUGAAGAUGAGGAAUGGCUGAAAAAGCUCAAUAAUGAGUCUCAAGAGCAUGUCUCUGAGGAUGAUUUUGAGCUAAUGAUUGAUGCUUUAGAGAAGGCUUAUUAUUGUAAUCCUGAUGAUUUUUCUGAUGAGAAAUUGCCUGCCAAUCUUUUUCGGGAUCUGGGUACGAAUGGAGUUUUGGAAGCUGUACAUAGUUAUUGGAUGAAAAAACGGAAGCAAAAACGUUCAUUGCUGCUUAGGGUUUUCCAGGGUCAUCAAACAAAGAAAGCCCCGCUUAUACCAAAGCCUUUGCUAAGGAAGAGGAGGUCAUUUAAGAGACAACCAAGUCAAUUUGGUAGAGGCAAACAACCAAGUGUGCUGCAAGCAAUUGCAGCUGAACAAGAUGCUUUGGAAGAAAAGAAUGCCAUGCUCAGAGUUGAAGAGGCUAAGGCUUCUGCAGACAAAUCCAUGGAAUUAGCAAUACUGAAACGCAAAAGAGCCCAGAUUCUCAUGGAGAACGCUGAUUUGGCAACUUACAAGGCCACAAUGUUAAUUAGAAUAGCCGAAGCAGCCCAAGUUGCAGAAUCAACAGAUGUCUCGGCCGGAUACUUUCUUGAUUGACGGGUAGAGGAAUUGCUGAUGGUAAUUAUUACAGUCAAUUUUUAUUACAGGAAAUGUACACAGCAGAUCUGUUGAUGCUGGUUUUUUAAUGUAAUUUUGUAUAGAUUUUUAUUGUAUGUACAUUCUGUAUGAAGAUAUUGACCUCCCCAAUCUUUUGUACAAUUAGACUAAGAUUAGAUCUAAGUAGAUUUAGAGAAUGAAUUCUAAGAAAA